UCCCGAGAGAGCUGGACUAGUCACAUGAUCGCUUAGGAGACUCAAAUAGGGAUGUAACCAACUGUUACAAUCAUUGUGCUACAGUUUAUUUUUUGGCAAAACCUCACAUUUUAAGUAAGCGAGAUGCCGGUCAUACCUGGAGGAUUCAGUGACCCUAAGACAGCCACCGAAGAAGAGCAACUGAUAUGUAACGCGGUCAAGAAUAAAGCAGAAGAACUUGCUGGCAAGAAUUUUGAUGAAUUCACUGCCGUGGAGUUCAGGUCUCAAGUAGUGGCGGGUAUGAAUUACUUAAUUAAGGUCCAUGUUGGAGGAGAGGAGUAUGUGCACCUCCUUGUUUUCCAGCCUCUCCCUUAUGAAGGAAAACCACCGGUCUUGAUAAGAAUUCAGACCUCCAAGCAUCGGGAUGAUGAUCUUGUACCUUUCUAACUCUAAACUGGAACCCAUGAAUGCCUACACCUAAGAAAUGCAUUGAUUUCUUUUUUUUAAAUCCUACAAGUGAGAUGGCUCUGUUUACGGGCCAGUGUUACAUUUCAUGAAAGUAACAUAAAGCUUCUGAAUAAAAUCUGCUUUCUGAUA